AUGCCUGCCCACCCUGAUUCCAACCUCCACCCUGAAGCCACUGGCCCCGCAAAAGCGCUAGUUGAGCAGCACCGCGCGGACCAGCAACUGAAGUUAUAUGCAGGAUGGUUCUGUCCAUUCGUACAACGAGUUUGGCUGGCUCUGGAGGAGAAACAGAUCCCCUACCAGUACAUUGAAGUGAAUCCUUACAACAAACCCGAGUCACUCCUCUCGCUCAACCCUCGCGGCCUUGUUCCGACUCUCUCGUGUCCGACCGAUCCAGAGCCUCGACCACUCUACGAAUCAACAGUGAUUCUGGAGUAUCUGGAAGAAGCAUACCCAUCACACAAACCACAUUUCCUCCCGCAAGAUCCCUAUGAGCGUGCUCGUGCCAGAAUCUGGAUCGACUACGUCACAUCGCGCAUCAUUCCCUCCUUCCACCGGUUCUUGCAAUACCAGCCUGCAGAAGGCGAAAGUGCACACAGCGAUGCAGGCUUGGAUAAGGCCCGGCGAGAAUUCUUAGAUCACCUCAAAGUCUGGACUAGGGAGAUGCACUCCAAGGGACCUUACUUCCUAGGUUCGGAGGUAAGCUUGCCCGAUCUUGUACUUGCGCCAUGGGCGGUACGCCUGUGGGUAUUUGAUGAGUUCAAGACCGGUGGAUUGGGAGUACCCGCUGAAGGGCAGGGGGGAUUAGAUGAAGCAGUAUGGAAUAGAUGGAGGAAAUGGGUUUCUGCUCUCGAGAACCGGAAGAGUAUCCAGGAAACGACGAGUGAAAAGGAGUAUUACCUGCCGAUCUACAAACGGUAUGCGGAUAAUACAGCACAGAGCGAACUGGCCAAGGCCACUAGGGGUGGUCGAGGUGUUCCAUAAAACUUUUGAUAUUAGAUUUAGUGUGUUUUUC